AUGCUAAUCGCUGAUUUCCGCUUCAAAAACAGCGAAAACCCAACUAAAAACGACGAUCAAAUCAGCUUGUCAGCUAGCGUAAACCUCAGCAGUAGUGAGCUCGACAUUCUAACUUCUUUGGAUAACACAAUAGAUAAAGGAACGGAGAAUUUGGGUGCUGUGGUAGACAAUUCCUUAAGAAGACUGAAAGUUAAACAGAUGAUGAAACACGCUUGGGACAACUACGUGAGAUACGCGUGGGGUAAAAAUGAACUUCGACCAGUGUCGAAGAGAGGGCACAACGGUAGCGUAUUUGGUUCACAACCGUUGGGCGCUUCCAUUUUGGACGGAUUGGAUACCCUGUAUAUGAUGGGAAUGAUGGAGGAGUUCAAGCAAGCCAGAGACUGGGUGGCCAAAGAGUUUGAUGUAAAUUCUGUGGUAAGUUAGAAUAAAUAUUUGUACUACUUAAGCAAAAUAACGUGGAAUUUUAUAAUUAUUGAUUGCUUUAC